AUGAUUGGCACAACCAAGCCUGACGACGUUUGCUCGCUCACCAACAACAACCCUACGGCUUUCGAGCUGGAGGACGAUCGAUCCACUCCCACCUCCCCUAUCAUUACCGCCGGCCCAACCACAACCUCCACCUACAGUCCCCCUCCAGCAUCAGAUUCUCCAGCACAACCCCACACCAACACAUCUACCGAGGUCCACCACUCUACUAUCGUUGAAGAAGCCAGCGGAGCAUCUGAACGACCACGGAAGCGACGGAGGAGUUCUCCUGAUCCGGAGCGAGUGGCAGUCCCAGCAUCAGGGAGCGGGAGUGCAAGCAGCGGCACUCAGCGACGGAAAGCGAAACGUCCUCGGGCUCGAGACUCCACCACGGACGACCCCACAGAGCCGAGCAUGCGACUCGACCAUACCCACGAACACCGAGCACGUCAAUCGACCAACGGCUCCUCCGCCAACGGGGGCUCCUCGCCCCACUCCCACACGAAUGGCUCGGGCAAGAGCAGCAACAGCGAGUCGAACGGCUACCACAACAACGGUCAUGCGGAGGGAGCAUCGGCGGUGAUUAGACAUCAGCCGCACGAUGGGACGCCGUUUCACGGUCAUGAUAGGGAGGAAGUCAGCCGGAUACUAUUGCAGAGUCUGAGCGAUUUGGGGUAUCAUGGCGCGGCGAAGCAAUUGAGUGGGGAGAGUGGGUAUGAGCUUGAGAUACCUAGCGUGGCGGCUUUCAGGUCGGCGGUUCUGGGAGGGGAGUGGGAGGAGGCGGAAGCAGUAUUGUUUGGGAGUAGUGGGGGUGAUGAAGGUGCGGAGGGUGACGGUGGCGGAGUGAUGUUGGGUAAUGGACAUAGUGUGGCGGAGUGGAAGAGGAGUAGAGAGUUGGUUCCGAGUCGGAAUGGACAUGCACGACGUGGUCUUCCGUUGGCGGAAAGUGCAGACACGACGUUCAUGCGAUUCAUGCUCCGGCAGCAGAAGUACCUGGAAUUGCUGGAGAAUAGAGAUCUCAAUGCUGCAUUAUCAGUACUUCGGACUGAGCUCACGCCACUGAAAAGGGAUAUCGCACGAUUACAUGCGCUAUCCAGUCUGGUCAUGUGCCAGAGCCCUGAUGACCUUCGAAGACAGGCAGAGUGGGAUGGAGCAGAAGGCGAGAGCCGGAAUUUACUACUCUCUGAUUUAUCGAGGUAUAUUGCACCAUCAGUCAUGAUCCCAGAGCAUCGACUAGCGACGCUGUUCACGGCUGUCCAGGAGGAGCAGAUAAUGAAUUGCCGAUACCACAACACAACCGCACAGCCAAGCCUCUACCAGGAUCACGAAUGUCCGGCGGAUGACUUUCCACUGGAGACCUACCUGGAGCUCCGGAAUCACACAGAUGAAGUCUGGCACCUUGAGUUCAGCCAUGAUGGCUCGAUGCUCGCGACAGCAGGCAAGGAUGGCAUCGUAUGCGUUUACGACACAGAGACCUUUUCCCUACGGCACGAGAUACAAGAACAUAAUCGCAACAACCACCCUACCGACUCAACCAAGGGUGUGUGCUACGUCGCCUUCAGCCCAAACGACGAAUAUCUCAUCUCCUGCUCACAGAACAACGACUUCGUGGUCAUAUCAACUCGAGACGGCAGAAGAGUAGCACAUGCAGAUCACUUCGACUACCCCGUCACGACCGCAGCCUGGCUCCCAGACUCGGAAACUUUCGUCAUCGGCACACAGGGAUCCCAGCGACCACUCGGUCUGUACAGUGUCCCUGGAGCCAACGCCACGAGUUCUAGCGGCGGCAUGCGGAAUAAUGAAAUCCAUAGCUGGCGAGAUCCGCCGUGGGAUGUCAGUCAGAAGGAGAAUCGAAAUAGUUUCCGCAUCUCGGAUUGUGCUGUUAGUGCCGAUGGCUCGCGGAUGGCGGCUACGACUCUUGAUCAUGGGAUUAUGGUUUUUGAUCUGCGGUCACGAACUAAGAUCGCCGAAUGGAGUUUGGAGGACAAAUUGACGUCUAUUCACUUCUCGGCUGAUGGCACACAACUCCUCGUUUCCAUGAACGGUGGUCGGGUCUUAGCUUUGGAUUCUGUGACGGGGGACACGAUCAUGCGGUAUGAAGGUGCUCAGCAAGAUAAAUUCGUGAUACGGAGUUCGUAUGGUGGCGCGGGAGAGAACUUCGUGAUCUCGGGCUCUGAGGACUCGAGGGUGCUAGUUUGGCGACGGCAGACGGGCUGCUUGGUCGCUUCGCUCGAGGCGCAUAUUGGUGGGACUGUCAACGCGGUUGCGUGGAGUCCGACUAACCAUGGCAUAUUUGCUUCUGCUGGUGAUGAUCGGAGGGUCAGGAUAUGGGCCAGCGCGACUUUCCUCCGCUCCGAUGCCGCAGACGCGGGAGCCUCCCGAUCUAGUCUGGGGAGUUAUGGCCAGCGGUUUCGAUAA